GUGUAUGUCCUGGGCGUGGGGAUGGGGGGCGGAAUUUGUUUGUUUGCGCCUCAAUGAAUAAGAAGAUGAUGUAUUUUCGUCGUCAAAUACUGCUGUUUAUUCAUUCAUUUAUUUAUUUAUAUGUUUUGGAGUUUGUGUAUUAAUUUCUGAUUUUUUUUCCCCUCUGAUCUCAACUUUUAUGGCGCAAUAAUGGAUUUUUAAUUAUAUUCCUCUCCAUCACCGUCUCAUCAAUUUUGUAGUGUUAAAAGCAAGAAAAUUUUGCAGAAUUUCGGCAGUUCGAAUGCAAGUUGGAGCAGUUUCAGCGUAAUAAAGCCAAACCCCACAUGAAAUAUUAAACUGGUAAUUUUCACUCGUAAUUUCUUUAUUUUGCAGUUAAUUUUUUUCCUGUCAUUGUUUCUGUCUGUUUCUUAAUCCGGAUAAUGUAGUGCAAUCCAUGUUUCAUUAUCUCCAAUAUCUUUAAUUAUCAACAAUUUCACAUUGAUUAGCUCAACUCUGUUUUUCUUAGAUUUUGCCUAUCUUACUACAGAAUUUGUACUGUUUUAUUUAUUCUCAGAAUUUGCUCGGUCUUAGUCGAGAAUUUGCUCAACUUUUCAUUUUUUGCCCUAAUUUGCUUGUGCAUCCAUGUUUCUGCUAUCUAAUUUCUUAAGUUUUUCCUAUUUUGUCAGAGUAAUUGCUCUUCUGAAUCUCUAUUUGAUUGAAAAUUCUUUUUUUCUUUUCUGUUGUGUGUGUGUGUGUGUUCUUGAAAUGUGUGGAACUCAUCUUGUGUAUCGCUUUCACACUGCUGUGCUGUCGUGUUUCCAGGUCAUCUCACUGAUAUAGCCCCUCCCUCAAUUCACUUUAUAAAUCAUGGAUGCCAAUGAAGAGGAGGUGCUGAUUUCUCUUAGAGGAAUGGGGGAUACCGAUGAAGUGCUCCUCCACGAAAACGGAGUAGCUGAAAACGGCCACCACGCUGUUACGAGGCACCCCUCCUACCAGCCUAGUAGUGUGAAGGCAUCACUGCAGUGGCUUGAUUUGAGAGUGUUUUAUGUUAGAGUCAGCAAAUGUGUUGUUGAUGACGACUCAACACCAGAGUACCUCACGCUAAACCACGUCCCUUUGAACCGCGACACGCUCCUAGAGGUGAACUGUGUGAGGACUAGUAUAUACUCUGAUGGCGUGUCCACCCUCCUGAAGAGGGAUAGGUUGGAUAAGCAGUCCGAAGAGGUCACAUUCGUGAGCACCGACAGCAUUAGGAUGACGGGGAGUGUCAAGUUUGAGGUCUUUCGGGAGAAUGUGCUCGUGCUAACGGGUAGGUUAGAGCUCUGCCACAGCAAUGGAUCUUUAGGGGAGCAUAGGCAUCCGGGGCAGAUUUGGAGCAUGAGCUGUGAGUCGGAUUUAAUUGCAGGCACCGGAUUUCUCAAAGGGAAUCAGAAUGCGUGUGCACCGGCUAUUGAAGUUUAUGUGGCCGGCAGCUUCUCAGGUAGUCCUAUAAUACUGACUCAGACUUUGCAGCUCAGCCACCACAGGAGGAAGCAGACGAGGAAAGCGAUGCUGGAAGCUAUACCGGAGUAUGAGACAACGCUUAGCCAGAAAGAGGGCCCGUCUACGCUCACAAUGCCGUUGAGAAACUAUGAAGAGUAUAGGCAAGAGGAAGGGCAUAGCAAUGCCUAUUAUGGCAUGGAAUAUUUAGAAGGCGAAGACGGGGAGCUAUCAUGGUUCAAUGCCGGUGUAAGGGUAGGCGUCGGGAUCGGCCUUGGUAUCUGUCUUGGGGUCGGGGUCGGAGUGGGGUUGCUCGUCCGGACCUACCAAGGGACUACGAGGAAUUUCACGAGGCGCCUCUUGUGAUGAGGUCUUCGGGGUUGUUGCAGAAUGGCUAAUCUUACCGCGUUUUUUUGCUAUGAAUAACUGCUGUGGAUUACUCUGUCGUGUUGGUAAAUUCUCAAUAAAAGGUGAUGAUGGCACGAGAUUGAUUGAAUUUUUUUGAGCAGUUGUUUGUGUUUUGAUCUAAUGUUUGUAUCAUGCUUUGUGUAACCUUUGGCUGGUGUAUUAAUCUUACAUGCUAUACCUUCAUUCUA